GGUAAUGCAAAUUAUCAACGUUGAAUUCAAACUUUCCUCCACACGAAAAGUCAUUAUCCGAGGUACAAAUCAGCAUAUUCUGUGUAUACCACCUCAAAUUGUCUCGCACGUAUUGCUCCCACCACGCAUCCAAGGUCACAAGUGUGUAGUUCAUUCGCGCAUCCGCUGGGCGCAAAUGGACGACAUAUUUUUAGGUCAUCUAGAAUCAACCAAUCAGAUUUGAGAUUUAUGUGAGGUAAAGUUGUUGUUCUUCAUGGUGUUGAGCGACGUGAAAUUUUGUGUGUCCGAAGGUGUCGGUCUGUUUUUGACGAUAAAACACAUGGUGUUAUUCUUAUUUUUGAGAAGAGUGAAGCUAAAGACUUGAUCUACAAUGGCCCAACCUGGGUUCGGGCCUCCUUCCCUGCCUGUGGGCACAGAGGUUAGUGCGAAGUAUAGAGGAGCCUUUUGUGAAGCAAAAGUGAAGACUGUUGUCAGAGUCGUGAAGUGCAAGGUUGCGAUGAAAGACUGUCAAUCAAGCAUCUUUGUUACCGAUGAGGAAAUCAAAGGACCUGUCAAGCUUGGUGCUAUUGUAGAAGUAAAACAUCCUGACACAGGUCAGCCAGUAGAGGCCACUAUCAAUAAACUCAUUGAUCAGAGUACUUACACUGUUGUAUUUGAUGAUGGAGAUGAAAGAACCUUACGAAGAAGUCAACUGUGUCUUAAAGGAGAUAAACAUUUUAUUGAAAGUGAGACCUUGGAUAAUUUGCCUUUGUCUCACCCUGAGCACUUUGGCACUCCAGUUCUGCAGAACAAGAAAACAAAGAAAAAAGCAGAUGAUGACAGUGAUGAUGGAGACGAUGCAUCAGAGGAGGAAUCUCCACGGAGAGCCAUGUACCGGGGUCGUCACCAGGAGCUAGUGGGGAAACUCAUGUUGGUGGACUUGCCCCAUCGCAAGGGUUCAGUUAUUCCAGCACUGGUUGUUUUACCAGAUGCCAACAGCAUCAGUGAGGUCAAGAACAGAGACCAAAUUUUGGUUCGCUCUUUCAAAGACUCGAAGUUUUUGGUUGUCACUCGAAAGGACUUAAAAGAAUUCCUUAGAAGCAUCGCCAUAAAAAAUGAUGACAAGACAAUGCGAACAGCCUAUGAGAAAGCUCUACUUUAUCACGACACAAAAGAGCUGCCUGUUGGCUGGAAUAAAGAAGAAAUGCUUGGAUCUGAUGUUGAAGAUGAGGAAGAUGAAGGCGAGGAGGAUGAAUAUGCAUCAGAGGAUGAACCUUUUGAAGAGAAAGACAGGUUUGUCGCCCAACUUUAUAAGUUCAUGGAUGACAGAGGCACACCCAUCAACAAAGGACCAUCCAUUGGGAACAAAGACCUGAACCUGUACAAAUUGUUCAAGAUUGUUCAAAACUUGGGAGGGUAUAAUAAGGUCACCAAAGAAAUGAAAUGGCCUGUUGUUUACAGCAAGAUGGGUCUACCUUCGUUGCACCUGAAUCCUGCUCACCAAAUCAAAACAGCCUACAAAAAGUAUCUAGAUGCCUAUGAAACAUUUUAUCGAAAGCUUGGGAGUACAAUGGGUACAUUAAGCCGCCCAGGCAGAGCGAGACAGAACUCAAGUCGGAGCAUCCUCAACUUCAGAGGUAGAGAGAAAAGUCCGCGGUCGCCAAAACCUCCGGAAAAGGCCAAGGAGGACACUAGUAGUCCAAAACCGAAAGUUGUUGAGACUCCCGUAGCGGAGAAGCCAGAAGACAACCAGGACACUGCCAGUGUGGCUUCCACAGAAGAGAAUGAUCCUGUUGGAAGAAGAAUGACCCCCAGAAGGGAUGUCAGAGGUCAGGCUGCUAAAGAGGAGCAGAAGGAGAAGGAGAAAAAAGAUGAAGCGGGAGGUGCUAAAAAUAAGAAAGAGGAAAAGAAGGAGGAUUCUCCAAAGAAGAAAGAAGAGCUGACAAAGGCGAAGAAAGAAGAAAAGAAAGAGGAGACCCCUAAAGCUAAGAAGGAAGAAAAGAAUGAGACUCCUAAAUUAAAGAAGGAAGAAAAGAAAGAUGAGACACCCAAAUCAAAGAAAGAUGACAAGAAAGAUGAAACGCCAAAAGGAAAGAAAGAGGACAAGAAAGAUGAGCUGAUCAAAUCUACCAGAAAGGAUGAAGUGAGUGGUUCGAGGGUGAAAAAGGAUUUGUCCCCGACUCCAAAGUCGAGAAAGGAGGAAGCUGCAAAGGCCAAAAGGGAAGAAGAAGUGGCAAAGAAAGAGGAGCGUAAAUCAACAAGAAAACUGCAGAAGGAAGAGGAGAAAGAGCCUGAAAAAGAGAAGGAAGAGAAGAAACUAGUGCGGUCAGCUCGCAAGGAAAAGGAAGAGGAAAAGAAGGAAGAACCUGUGUUGGAGCCUCCAGCAGAGGUGAAAGAGUCUCCAAAGAAGAGGGUAACUCGGCGGAAGCUGAUCCAGCUUGAUAUACGCAAAGAAGCGGAGCCAAAGGAAGAAGUUGAAGAGAAAAAGGAAGUAGCUGAGAAGAAAGAGCUACCAGAGAAGAAAGAACCUCCUGCCAAAAAGAUUGCAACCAGGGACCUCAAAGUCGGGGACAAAAAGGAGAAAGACAUUCCGCGUACUCUAGAGAGGAGAGACAGCAGAAGCUCUGAGAAGAAGGAAUUGCUUGUCAAGGCAGCUGAAAAGAAAGAAGUGAAAAGUGCCGAAAAGAAGGGGAAGGUGGAGGAGAAGAAACCGCUGAAGAAGGAAAAGAAAGGAAAAGAUGCAGAGAAUGAGGAGGAGGAGGAGGAAGAACAAGAAUCGGAGAAAAGUGAGGAAGAAGAAGAGUCUGAACCCCCAAAGCAGGACACUGUGGCAAAGAAAGACUUCCCUGUUGGAUCCAAGCUCAAAGUCAAGUAUGGGAGGGGCAAGAACCAGAAAAUUUACAAUGCAAAGGUUGUUGACUCUGGCAAAGAUGGUACACACAAAACAUACUUAGUUCACUAUACUGGAUGGAAUAAUAGAUAUGAUGAGUGGAUUCGGGCUGACCGAGUUGUGUCUGUGCUCGACAAGCCUGAUGCUGAGAAAGCUAAACAGUCAUCUCCCAAGCCAAUGGUGUCAACAUUUUCUUCUGUACUGAAGAAGAUCAAACCGACGAAAACAUCUGCUGUGAUUAAAAAGCCAGGCUCCAUCUUCAGGACCCCAAAAAUGGUGUCUGCUGCAAAGACUAGGGCAACUCGCUCGUCAAGUUCAGAAAUCUCUGUCUUAAUCAAAAAGCCAGGCAAACGUAUCACGCGCCGUAGGUCAGCCCUCACAGACUCUGACUCUAAAUCUUCAGAAAGUCAUAUGGGUAGCGAUCUCGAAGAUGCAACUGGCUCUGAGCAGGCUGAUGACGAUUCCAACACCAAGGAGGAAGAAGAAGAGGAGGAGGAGGAGGAAGAGGAAGAAGAAGCAGAGGAGAUGUUGGAAGUUGAGGUUGAAGAGGAGUCGGAGGCUCCUAAGCCUGAAAUGGACACUGAGGUCCCUGUCAGUGACAGUGAAAAAAUUCCUGUGGAAGAACCUGCACCUGCCACCGUUACUGUUGAGGAAGAUGCCAAAGAAGAAACAGAAAUCCUAAGUAAAAAGAAGGAGCCUAAAAAUUCUGUGUCUGUGGAGAGUCCUCAGGUGAUUUCUUUGGAUGUACCUCCUGAAACUAAAAUUGUUAGCCUUGAAGACAAAUCCCUCGUUCCAGAUGAUGGCACCGACCUUUCUGAGAAGGUACCAGAAGCCCCAGCAACAUCGUGCGUGGAAUCGAAAGUGGUAAGCCCAGAAGUUGUGAAAGCAGAAAAAGUGACCGUUUCCUUGAUGGAGGUGAAAAAUGCUGUGGAUGAGAUCCGUUCUGUUGUGUAUGAGAUGCCAGAGACGGAAGCUAGAGAGUCUGAAGAGAAGGAGGAAAAGGUGACUGCCAAAGAGGAGGUAACUGAUGAUGGUGUUUCAAAUGUGCCUGUUGAUGAUGAGUCUCCUAAACUGGAGAUCAUUGAAGAGGCGGAGGUGCAGAAGGAUAGUGUGAGUGAAAGCCUGUCUCUCGUUCCAGAGCCUGUUGAGAAGGCAACAGAUGAGGAGCCUCCAUCCUUUCCUCCUUCCAUUGAUCAAGGUAUUCCUCAGCUGAAGAAAAUUGAUCUUGAACCUGAAAAGAAAGAGAAGGAAAAUGAAAGGAGUCGUCAAGGUAAAGGAAGGAGGAAGGACCUCACAAAAGAUGCAAAGAAGUCUGGAAAGAUUCCUGAAUUAUCUGGAGCCGGAGCCUCUGACAUUCCUACAUUGGAGCCAAUCCUGGAGGCGGCAUCGAGUGUUCUGACAGGUAAAGUUGACCCAUCACCGUAUGACUUUGAUGCUGAAGUUGACACUCCUUGGCAACCGGAAAUUACCAAAAAGUGGGAGCCGAGCCAGAAGCCACCUAUAGUUUCAAAAGAAGGUGGGUCUACAUCAGAUGAUGGAGUGGAGAGAGAGAAAAAGAAAGUUAAGAAAAAGGCGAAGAAAAAACCAAUAAGCCCAGAGUUUGUGGUUGAAACCAAGGUGGAGGAGGGUUCUGCUUCUGUUCAAGACACUACAGCCUCCAGUGGCUCUGUCUCUGGCACCAUAGAGGAGGUCUUGGCUUCCCCGCCUAGUGCUGAUGCAGUGUCGGCAACUGUUGAGAAAGUUCCUGUGAAAAAGAAGGGCCGCAAGAAGAAAGAUUUAGCGAUGGAAGCCAAAAAAGAAGUGAUUGAUCAGUAUGAGAACACGGUGAACAGUGUUGUGGAAGCUGUGAAGCAUUCGUUACAGGAGGCGGAGGAAGACGGAGACAAGAAGCCACCUCAAAAGAAGCGCAGAACGAAGCGAGCCUCCGAGAGUGAUAAGAAGGAUGUGUCUCGUGUUUCUAAAAUCGGUAAGAAGUCAGUCAGUAAGGACACUUUAGAUAUUGUGGACAAUGUAAGGGAGAUAAAAGAUGAGAAAUCACCAGGGAAAGAGCCUCAGACCGUGCCUGACUGCCCUCUUCCUGUUGUCGCUGCCCCUCCUCCAUCCUCUCAACCUGUGGACACUGUUGUUCCAUCAGCGUCUUCUAGUGCUGAGACGAGUCAAUCUGUUUGUCUCAGAGAAAGAACUGAAUCGGGGGGCUUCCUAGAAAGUCAAGGUUUUGAGCCCGAGUUGGAGAGACCAGAUACCACUGCUCCUUUCGACAACACGCCACCCACCACCCCGGAGCAUGACGAGGCCGAGGGCAAUGGGAAUGCUUCUAUGCAUGAGAAAGACUCUCCUUCUUUCAGUGCCAGUAACAAUGUUGCUCCUAAAUCAGAAAGCUCUAGACCGGUGUGUCCUUCUGCCACCUCAUCCUCAUCAUCAUCAUUAUCGUUACCCGCGUCGUCUUCGAAUAUUGCACAAUCAAAAUCUGCCAGUGAAUCUCCCUCGGACAAUGACGUGACCAGCACUGCCUCGACCGACAAUCUGGACGCCAACAUGACAGCUCAACAUUCUGAGAGCAGUGGCACAGAACAGGACCUGCCGCCUGCCUCCAAGAAAAGGAAGCAGCCAGAAGAACUCAGCAAUGGUCUGCCCUCCCCAAAGAAGAAGAAAAGGGUGCAUGGCACGAGAAGCAGAACAGCUAGGAAAUCACCAAAAUACAUUGGCAAUGACAGCUCUAUAUACAAGAACUCGGACUCACAUGGCUCAUCAUCAACCACCCCGAACCAUUGUCCAGAUUCGCCUCCAUCCAAGUUUGCAGACAUGUCCAAGUCCCCCCGACCGUCCAAGUUUAACUUCAGUGCUGAUCUUGGGGAGUACUUGGAAGGUGAAGACCGGUGUAAUUUCCUCAUUUCUAAGAUGAAAGAGAUAAAGACGAUAUACAUGAACUUGAAAUCUGAGGUGGCUAGUAUUGACAGGAGGAGAAAACGAGCUCGCAGGAAAGAGAGAGAAACCUCCCUAGUGUCUACAAAUGAGCGGGAGAACUCCACGUGAUGUUUACAGUUGCCAUAGAGGAGUUGAAGCUGUUAUUCCUGAACACCACUGCCUAUCUGCCAUGAUGUAUCUGAUGCUCACUGAUGAGAUUCUACAAGGAGGAAUGUUGUUUUCUGCCUCAAUAGGGCUACUUGAAUGCUGUUGCUUUAAUCUUUGUUUUUGUACCGGCUGAGGCCCUUUUGAGCAAUUUUGUCCCAUGUUUUGUACAUAUAUUGAAGCCAGCAAAAUGACAAUACAAAGCACAAAUUAUGUCUCACUAUGAUGAAGCAGCUGGGUCACUUGUUGAAUUUGUCACAGGUGUCGUAAUUGAAGAAACAUGUCCUGAGACACUGACAAAACUUGUAAGAUGUGGCCCUUUUCUUGCCCCCCUUAGUCCCAUCCUUCCUUUUACACAAAAGAUAUUUUUGGUCACGUCUUCAAAGCGCUUCCAUUGUGUGAUAUGUAAUCUGUGCGUGGGUUCUCCAGGAGCUCUGUUGUGCAGGUCAGCCAUGUGACUAGAUUAAAGCAGCAGAAAUAUUUUUAAGUGGACUUCUACGAGUGUGUUCAGCUCUCUGGCCAACAUGUCUUGUUGAACAAUUUUUUUUUUUUCAUGUGAAAUGUUGUAUAUAUGGGUAACUGCCCUGAGUAAAGAAGCACAUUGACUGACUAUUGAACACCGUGUUAUUCUACUGCAAUUCCAAGGACCUGGUUUUUCAAUACAACUCUUUAUGUUCCCUUCAUUCUCUCAUGCUAUUUUCUGUACAUGGAGCAUUUGUUGCCCUUCAGCCUUAAGAAGGAAUGAUCUUACAGAUGAGUAAUGCCCUGCCUGUACAAGGUACUGCUUCAUGUGUGAAGAAGCUGCCAUUCAGCUAUUGCAGUGUGUGUUUAUACGAAUGGUUUCAAGUGGUUGAACAAUGUCUCAGUACUGUUAUUUAUUUGUGAAGUAUGUGUGAAAUAGUGUACAUAGGUAACUUAUUGUAGAGUGGAAUGAAUAAAUAGAUGCAUUAUUUAUUAUUUUUACUGGGGAUGGCGUUUUUAUAGAUUGAUAAAGUAAUGCUUUUACCUUAAUGUUUGUAUGUUCAACUUCUCUGACAUAUUUGGAGCUGCGUUAUUUUACUUUUCCUUUUCUGAACACGUGCAAGGAUUGUUGAAGUUGAAAGAUUGGUACAUAUUCUACUAGAAUUUUUCAUGUCUUGUCCUCCCCCCCCCCCCCCCCCCCCCCCCAUUUUGAUUGAAAGUUGAGGGUGCUGCUCUGGUCUGUAAAUUGUUUGCCAUGCAAUGAUAAGGAGGUGACAUGGUCCUGAUCUCUGGGAUAUUUCUGUGCAUAUGGGUUAGCCUCCACUGUGAUGAGAUUAAUAUAAUGUUUUUCCACAAGAGUAAAACAUGCUGCAUGAGCCUGUUCGUGGGAUAGGUUGUUUUGCUGUCUUGAGGUAUUCAGCUACCCUGUUGCUCAAACGGAGCCACCCACCUAGUUUUUUGUUAUUUGUUUGGAUUCCUUUUUGUUUUGUGGUUUUUAUUUUUAUGUCUUAAGUAUUUUAAAACGUUGUAGGUUCAUGUGAUGUUAGAGAGUUAAGUGUUUGAUGGUCACGAGUACAACUUUAAAUCUGGUUAUAGGAAGUAAAGCGUUUGGUCUCUUUUGGUGGUCAUAACUCAAGUUCUGAUGACUGUUUGGUUGGGAAAGAAAAGUAAGGAAGUAUUUGGAAGUGCAAAAUGGGAGAUGGGUUUGAGAGGAAGGUUUCAUUAUUUUUUGUUAUACGUUGGUGUUUUUACACCCCCAAAUUGACAGGAAGGUUUGAAAAAGGGGCAAAAGUAUUAUACUGUGGGUGGUUUGUCUUGAAAUGUGAGGACUCUGUCAUUCCAGUAAUCAAUGCAAAGUGAAACAAUUUUUUUUCUUUAUAUCAGUAUUACAUUAUACCUUUUUGCCAUGGGACCUGUUCUGCAUUACUCAUUGUCAAUGUGCAGGUUGAUCCAGUGUGUCGCAUUUGGCGAGAAUUCUUCAUUUUUUACCUUGAUUAGAAACUUGAAAUUCAGGAACCUGAUGAGGCCCUCUUCUUCAAAAUUCCCUAGUGGUGAACAAAGUUUUAUGAUUGUACAUCUCUUUUGUUUCAUGAUAUUCCUGUAAGUGUAUAUGCACUUUAUUUAGUAUACCAUGAGUCCAGGCCACUUGUUUUGAAGUCUCACACUGUUUCCCUGCAUUUAAAGAAUUCUGCUUCUAUUUGUUAAAUUUGUGAUGGUCUAUAAUUAUAAAGUUGCAUUUGAUUGAGGUUCAAACGGUUUUGUCAUAUGUUAAACCAUGAAAAAGCAAAAUAAGAACGUUGUUCUUGUUAUUGGUGAGUUCUGACUUUCCGUAGCAAUUAAAGAGGAAACAAUCAAAGGUGACAACGUUUUGUAUUUUUGUAAUGAGUCUUGACAUUGUAUUAUGCUGAUAACAAUUAGUCAUCAUUUAGUCAGGGUGUGUGGGCUGACAAUGAGUCAGACUGGGGUGCUGUUACUUGAUUUGUAUAGGGCUGAAACGAGUUUCGUUUCUGUGACGCUCAUAAUGACCAAAGGUAUAAAAUGGCGUAAAUAAGUAUAUAGCUGGCUCUCUGUGGUCACACUGGAGUCCUGUUGGUGAAUGAUGCAGCUUGAUAUUCUACGGUCAGAAGACACUUAUGUGCGUUUUGUUCAAGAUGCGUUCAGUUUGUUCUUAUUCUAUGUCUGCUUUGUGUUUGUUCCCAUUCCCACAGUUGUUGUGAACUCACAUGCUGUAGGUCUCUCUAGUCGUGAGUUGGGUUUUUUUUCGCAUCUUGUGUUGAUGAAGUAUUACCAUGCUCAAGGCAGGAAUUGAUACUCUUAAUGUCUCUUAUUGUUUCUAAUUUUUUCUCAAGCUGUUUCAGUCAGAUGUUUCAAAGCGAUAGCAUUCUGUUUUGAACUCCUCUGUUGUUGUCACUGAAACAGAUAGUCUUUGGAUAUGUUUGAAGUUAGAAUUAGAAAGAGGCUGUAGAAAAACAAGAUGAAAUAAUGUUGAAAUACUGGCUGCUAGUGCUUAGGGUUUUUUUUUACAACUAAAUUAUAUGUACUAAAAUGUUCUUGUUGGUUUAAGAUUAAAGCUCAACUAAAUACGCAAGUGGGUUGCUUGGAUGUUGGAAGAUGUAACAUUUUACACAGUGAUUCGAGUCAGAAUGAAAAGGAAAUGUACUGAAAUGAUGAACUCACUGGUACAUUUCAAUAUGCGUGUCAGUAUCAUUCCACCAGCUUGAAGGGUUGUGCUUCUCGAUGCUGUGCAGUUGAACUUUUGUAGCAUCUCGGCUUACAGGGAGACAUUGCUAUUGAAGUGAGCAGUUCUCCGAGGGAGGAAGCUUUGUAAAGUUACUUACAGUGACACUUUAAACUUGAAAGAUUUAUCUCUUUUAUUGGUCAUUUAUUUUUUAUAAUGCUCUUGAUUUUUGCUAUAAUCAGUUGGAAGUGGCUCCGUACUAAAAGUGGUCUGUGUGACAUUUAGCUGUCCCUGCGGUUUUAUGCAAAAAAAAUUAUGAAAUUAUGCAAACUGAGCCCAAAAAUGUGAAAUUAUGUGAUUCUGUUAAUUUUAACAAAGAGUGAUAAAGGAGAACAAUCAGAAAUUAUGCAAAAAAUGAUCAAAUUUUGCUUAAUUAUGCAGGGUGCAUAAAACCCUGGGGACAGAUUUAGGUAAACAACAAUGUCUUAGAAUAGAUAUUAGUGUCAUCAUAGUUUCCCACAAUACACAGUAUAUGAUCUAAUAAAGUAUAAAAGCAAUACAUGGGAACAAUCUGAAAAGGGUUUAACUCCUGCAAUUUGCAUUUUUCUCAAAAUCAUUCCUGUGGUACAUAGCCUUCCUGUAGUUAAAACUACCAGCUUUGAUUGUGAUUGAUGCUGCCAUGUACUUGUAAAAGUGAGAGUCAGCAUGUUAAAGCAACAUUCAGUAAUUGAUUGGUCUGAUGUAGGGACAGCUUUUUGCUGGAAACAAUUCUACUGGGAAAACGUUGAAACUUGUUUCCAGGGACACCCCAACUUGAUGCCCGAUUCCUAGAAUGGUAUUGUUUACAUUUGUUUCUUGUAUGAUUCAUCUGGGAGUUUGGCUGUUUAGGAGGAAGGGUCAAGUCUUUUUAAGUUUGUUUUCUGGAUUUUACACAUACCAUUCUUAAUUCACAGUACAAUAGUGAAAUGGCACAGAUUUUAUAGAUACCUUUGCAUCAUGAUGGCUUUGUUGUCUACUUUUGGCUGAGAGUUAUAGCUGUGCAGCUUUUCCCAAUGUUCUAGUGAGUGGUUGGGGUUUUGUUGAUUCCAUUUAUAGUUCCUGUGACCUUUGUAUCUGUGUUUUUGAGGGAAAAUUAAAGUUCAGCAUCUUGAAAUUAUAUGGUGCGCUCUUUCUUUUUUUGUCUAAGGAAAAACAGAUAAGAAUCCUUGCUGAAGCACAAACAUUUCUGUAUGACAGUGAUAUUGUUGGUAAAGUGCUUUUGCUUUUAUUGAAUUUAGAAAAAUGCGAAUGAUGAUGGUAUUGUUUUACGGCAUUUGUGAUCCAGAAGAAAGUUGACCAUGACAUUGUUCCUUUGAGUUCGGGUGUGCUGUUUUGGAAAAAUGAUGUUGUUCUCAACGUCCACAAGUUUGGAUAUCCAAGCAAACAUUUCUUUUCCAACAAUUGCUCUAGUCUUUCAGAAUGUGUCUCAGUAUAUGCUGUCUUGAUAAUUUAGUACUGUAAUAGGAGAACAUCCUGAACAAGCCAUUUUAUUGGUUGGUAGAAUGGGGUGAAGCAAGUCAGCUUACCAAUUUGUCUUGAAUAAUAAAAUGACUCCAGGGUUAGAACUUCAAUUGGACUUGACCUGUUAGUGUUAGAUAUUGGUAGGUACAGAUUUUAUUUUUGCUUGCGGUGGCAGUUUCAACAACCAGGCUGUAUCAAUGUCUUGUGCUGAUUGAAAGUGUUGCUACAACUGGUAGCUGUGAUUAUACAUGUACUUUUAAUAAAGCAAAUCCAUCUUCAUAUAUGUUUGUUUAGGGGAGGCAGUUGUGUACAUGUAUUUAUUAUGUAUGCUCUGAGUAGCACAACAAUACCAGCCACCUGGGUACAAUGUUGAGACUGUCAGUGCAACUAAAACAAGACCUGUAAUUGUAUUUUGCAACAAUGCGUGUCCGCAGGGUUGACAUGUUGGCCCUCGUGGGUUUUUUUGCAGCUCUUAAAAAGAUACUACUGGUAACAGUGAUAUUUGUUGUCGAGAGCAUAAGUUUUGUUUAUGCUCCUAGUCUAAAACCAUUGGGUCUAUUUGAAAAUAGAUUUCUCUCCUUUAAAGUUAAUUCAGAAGAAAGAAAAAGAAUGUUAGUUUUUUUAAAGACUAUAUACAUGUAUAUAUAGUUUAAUUGAAGGUAUCUUGGUUUUAGAUACAAAAUAGUAGGACUAGUAUCCACAUAGUGGAGAAAGAAAGGUCCAGCGCAAGAAGAUAACACAGCAAGUGUCACUUUGAAGAAGUUGUCCCCUUGCAAAUAGUGCAGGAAAGAACAUUGUUACUUGCUCGGCAUUACAUGUGGUGGGGUUUUUUUUUUGCUCUUUGAAAUAAGGGUCCGGUCGAUAAGAGAGAAUUGUGUAUAUGUCAUCUUUGUCCCCGCCUAGUCUUUUUCGUCAAUCUCAUACGAGAUAUAUUAUAAUUAUUAUACAUGACAUGUAAAAGUAAGCGGUAUUAUCAUGGGAGUUUGGAAGGGGGUGUGGUCCGUACAAUAUGAAGUGGUGAGUAUGUUGGAGUUGGUUUACUUGUUCCUGCGGUUGACAUUUAAUAAAUUGUCCUAUUCAAAAAAGCACAACGACUCCCCUGACUUCUCCCAGGAGACAUCUCUAUCUUCUACUUCCAAGUACACUUCUUCCCCACCUGUCUCUCUUUUACCCAGCCUUGUUGUUUCAAGUUAAUUAAUUCCUUUACUUUAAUGUACUUUUAAAAAGCUAUUUUCUUUUUUAAAUUUUUUUAGCUGCUUUUUGUCCGCCUUUAGUUUUGACAUCAUAUCUCGUGUGUCCACUGUUUUGCUGAUUUUGUUUGUUUGUCUGUUUCUUUUUUUUUGUUUUUGCCAACUCUGUUGGUGACCAACCCCUCCCCCAAUGCCCUUGCCAUGCUAUGAGUCUGUGACUUGUUGAGAGACGAGCUAUGUGAUGAAAUGUUCCUGGGUGGUAUUGAAAGACAUUGUAUUUAAUGUACUGAGUGAAAAAUCUGAAAAAUGAAAUGUCAUUCAUUCCGAUCACUGUCAUGUUUCAUGUAUUUGUAUACAAAAUAUUAAAAUGAGAACCUUUUGGAAAGGAAA